AUGUUCUUAGUCCGUCUCUUAGACGGCCUUCGUAUUCAAGAUGCUGUACCCCUCAUACCAGCAAGGGCAACCCCGCAAACUCGUCCACUUCCACUGCCACCACCGCCACCAUAUCACGGCGAUUAUCCUGCACACAUACUUGAGACAUACGGGCAAAUCCCAUUAUCACGGCCGUAUAUCGUCACAGAUGAUACACCAUUCAUACCCCUGUGGCGGCAGGUCCUUGCCUACUGGUUUCCCUGCUUGGAAGGAUUCACUCUAGAGGAGAAUUGGUACUUGAGAAGCGAACGACUGCCAUUCCUCCCAGCUACCGAGCCAGCGUCCUUCGCGAUCCUUCUACAUGGGCAGCCUAUCCUUCUGCUGCGGCUGCACGGCGUGACCGAGUUCGAGUCACUCCCCGCGCGGGCCUCGCUGCGCUCGGGCGCUAAUCGAAUGUUCGAUUCAGUGGCAUUGUGGAGUGGCCAUCCGGCGCUUUGUGUGGUAUCAGCAAUUGGUGCGAAGUGGAAUGCUUUCUUACGACCGACGGAUAUGACCAGUGCAGAGGCAGAGAACGUGCUAGGCUAUGAUUGGUACGGAGAGUGGAAAGGAGAUGUGGUCUCGGCUGAAUCACAUCGGGCGCUGGGGCAGUACUUUAAGGUUUUGAAGGCCUCGCGUGAGUUAUUCAUACCUCCGUUGGCUGGUGGUGACUAA